GAAAGAAAGAAACAUGGGGGGCAUCACAAAAAAAAACAAGCCACUUGUGCUGUUGCGAUCAGCGAAGUGUGACGCAUAAGGAAAUCGUCGAUUGAGAUAAGAUUAGAUCGAAAAGGGGGUAGCAUCUCCUCAACCAAAAAGAGAUAACGCGCUGUAUUUGACGCUUUCCCUUUGCAGAUUCCUCCUGAGGUGUACUCUGGAAUUCCUGAAGCAACUUGCUGCUGGCUGCGCCCGUUGAUUGGAAAUGAAAUCACGAAGGCGUCGAGACAAGAUAAGCGACGCUGAGCCUUGAUCGAUCAUCAUCGAUCAUCCCCGGUCCGAUUCAGGCGAGGCCCUUUCACUAACAAUUUUCUCCUCGGAACAAGUUUCCUCCUCACUUGCUCCUCCUCCCCGCAUGUCCUCGUCGUAAUGCUUGCUACUCUAUUCUCGUGCUGCUUGGCUCCGCGCGCCAAAGGCCCGCGCCAUGGACGAGCUCCUCUUGAUGCGAAUCCGACCGAGACGACGAACCUGAUCCCGACGAGCGCCAGUGAAGACCUCACGUCAUUGCCCCCAUCAAACGACGGAAUCGACCACCAGAAACUGCAAGAGCGCUAUGGAAGUAUAGUACGUGCGAAGGAAAGCAAAAUGGUCAACCUGACUGCCCGAGCGCCAUUUGUGCUCCAAGUCGUCUCUCCGUCAUCCUCGACACCGGUCUCUCCCGUCCUUCCCAAUCAAGAACCUGCGAUUGACGCGGACAUGCCGACACCCGCCGCAAAACCAUCGACCUCUCCGGUCCUCUCAUCGCAGCCCAUUCUGUCCCGCCGCCCGCCCAUCCUCACGAUGACCCCGGCGGUGGUGCGCCCAGCCUCGCGCAUGACACUGGGCUACGACUCGCGCUUCUCGUCACCCAACACAUCGCGCUCGUCGUCCCGCCGCCGGCCCGAAUUCGAUGGCUCGUCCGCUUAUCGCGACAACCGCUUCUCGGCCUUACACGGCGCGCAGCAGCACAUGCAUCCGGAUCUGGGCAGCACAUGGCGGCGCCCGGCAUUCACCGCGGCGGAGAGUGAGUGGCCGGAAAGCGAGACAGAGACGGAGGAGAGUGCUGCUGAGUCUGAUGGCGAUGACGAGGAGGAGGAAGAAGAGGAGGAGAGCGUUUCUCGUGGGAGUCAGGACAAACACAAGCCUGAAGAUGUGGAUGCCAAGGUGUCCCCAGUCUCGUGUGCCCCGCUAGCAUCGCGCACGGUGAGUUCACCGUCUGUGUGUCCCGGAUUCCUGUUGAUGCGUUCUGCAAAGACUACGGCGGAUCCUACUGUGGCGAUCCCCGUCGCAGACAGCACAGACACCGAAGACCCAUUGGACAUUGCCUUUUCGUGGAGUGAUGCUUGAUACUUGCUACAUACGUCGGAACACUUCCUCAUAGUUUUUCACUGGUCUACUAUGGUUACCCUCACGAAUACUGCAUUUGUUGUAUACAUCUACGAAGCUACUGUAUCCGCUUUUUUGACUUCUGUCGUACUUAUUGAUUGACGAAAGCUCGACACCCCUGUCCGCGGCACAGACCCCACCGUUCCCAUGCAGGCCGUUGUGAUCGAUUCGUCGAUGCCAAUUGCGCAUCUGAAAAUGAGAAAUGUGGCAACAUCCGGGU